GCAGUCGAAGACACCAUUGUUCCGAGGUCAUCAAGAUGAAGCAUCGAUUUGAUGAUUUUUGUCUUGGUAUUUUCAGAUUUCCCUACAACAGAGCAACUUAGGAGUUCUAUCGACAAUGAAAUCAACAAUUUGGCCAUUGUGAACCAUGGAAAGUCACUAUCCGCGUGGUCUCUUCUGCCCUGAGAGAGAGGAAGAAGAAUGUCGGCAACACCAGCAACCUCUGCAGCAACCACCACCACCACAUCAGCAACAUUUUGCAUCUUACUCCAUUGACCUACCAUACCAUGCUCAUUCACAGCAUCAGUCCGAGUUCCCGUUGGAUCAACCUUUCAGAGCAUUUUCUCAAAGUCAUCCAGCGGCUCCUAUGUUGAGCAUGGUCAAACAUGAUUCUGGCCAUGUUGCUCCAACCCAAAUCCUCCCACAGCCAUCGCUUCCUGUCAGAGGUCAAAGGGUCAAACCGUCCUCCGUUUUAGCCAACUAUCCUCUUGCCAUCAACCAGACACAUAAAGCAUUUGAAGAGAGAAACAUUCCACCCAUCACACCUCAUGAAGAUGUUUCAGGGAGAAACACUUUGCCAGUUGCACUCCCUCUAUCGGUUGUUCUGAGCUGUGAUGGAGCAAUCGCAACUCCAACUUGUGAAUCUAUUGUAGCAAGGGCCAUGCCACUGACUACUUCUCAGAGCUCGGUUCCAGAGAGGAAUAUUCAGCCGACUUCAGUUCUUAAAUCUGUUGUAGAAAGCAGAAGUCUCCCCAUCACUCUCAACAAAUCUGCACAAAGUAGCGACACACAGCAACAAGACCAACCAGCUCUUGUAUCUACUCCUUCAUCGCCGUGCAGUAGGAGUAGCUUUACCGAAUCACAACCGUCAUUAUCCCAACAAGUUCAUGCUAGUCCUCCAUUCCCAGAUGACCCAGUCUCCGAUGCGCCUCUCCUUGCCACCGUCCAUCUCAAAAAGACAGUCCCCUUAGAUCUUCCAUCGUCUUGCGCAUUACAUGUAUCGAAGGAGAAUGAUGUCAUUAGGGUGGUUGCCAAGGAGAUGAUGGAAAAGGGGGCGGAGUUUGGACCCAUUAAAGGAUCACUACUAGAUGUAGAGGAGGGAUGGUCUAAGGAAACAUCAUGGGAGAUCUGUGUCUCGGGUAGAGUGUAUCACUACAUCGAUGGGCGUAAAACAUGGAUGUCUCACGUAAGAUGUGCACAGAGUGAAGAAGAACAGAACAUGGAAGCCUAUCAAUUCUAUGGUGAAAUCUACUUUAGAAACACAAAGGUCAUUGAACCAGGAAGCGAACUCAAGGUCUUCUAUGGCAAGGAGUACAUGAAGCAUAUUGGAAUCAAGACAGAAUUGAAUGAACUUGAUUUUGACCAAGAUGCACAAAAGUUCUGUUGUAGUCUCUGCAAGCACCUGUUCAGCUCAUCCAAAAUGAUCUUGAGACAUAUUACAUGUGAACACACCGAUGGCAAAGAGAAAGACAAACUGUCCUUAAAAUCAAGGAAGAUAGGAGUGAAGAAACACAUCAAGGUGACAAUCGGCUCUAAACAUCUCUUCAAGGCAAGGAAGAGAACUAGGAAGAAGAAAGAUAGUGAGUUCAAGUGUGAAACCUGUAAGAAAGUCUUUGCUUCCUCGGGCAGAUUGAAGGCUCACGAACAAUUUCAUGAUUAUGAUCAGGACCAUACUUGUCCCGUGUGUGGAAAGAGACAGAAGAACGCCCAAGCAUGGGCAAAGCACAUGAUGCUGCACAAACCAGUAAACGAAGCCAGAACCCACAAGUGCAGCGAAUGCAACGGAAGGUACAAAUCGAAAGCUGCACUCCGGAAGCAUGCGCACCAGAUCCAUGGGUACCCUUGCCGGCUGUGUUCGGAACGGUUUGCACGAAGGGGUGACUGCAGGAAGCAUGAACUUACCCACCAAGCCUUCAUACCACCACCUGCUGCUGUGGAAUAUCUUGUUGCAGAAGCCGCUCCUGAUAAGCCUUUGGACAUGCUUGGUAAAAGUGCCAAUUAUCACCAGCUACGGUACCAGUGCAGGUACUGUCCAAAUAGAUACAGUGACCACAGAACAGCCAAAAUCCAUGAAAGGGAGGUUCACACAAGAGAAGGAACGUUCAAAUGUAGCCAGUGCACGAAGGUCUUCAGCUGUGCAAGUCGUCUCAAAGCCCACCUCUUGAUCCAUGAGCAGACUUACAUAUACCGCUGCACGUUUUGUCCAAGGAGCUUUGCAUCGGAAAGCGCCCUCAACAGUCACCAAGGAGAGCACAACGGACUGAAGCCAGUGAAGUGCGACGUCUGCGGGAAAGGAUUCAAGAGCAGGAGGCAGUUCCUUGCACAUAAACGACGUGUCCACUCGAACCGUCCGAAGCGCUACUUCUGCUCGUUUUGCAGUUUUGGGUUUGCCGAGAGGAGCGACUUGAGGAGACACGAGGAGCGCCACCGGGGAAUUCGACGGUAUAGUUGCCCGGAGUGUGAAAAGACUUUCACCUCCAACACUUCCCUCACUGCUCAUGUCCAAGCUCUGCAUAGUAAGGAAAAACCAUUUUCAUGUGCAAUAUGUGGGAUAUCUUUUGCCUUGAAUUACAAGUAUACAUUACAUAUGGUCAAACACAAUUUACAGGUCAAUGGGAGUAGUAUCUCAGAAUGCAGUACUAGUACUACAGCACCAGAAAUUGUUAGUUCUUAAUAGAGUCUCCCGCCAGAUGAAGCCUGACUAAAGCUUUGUUAUUAAAGGGUCGGUAAUAUCAAUUAUGUUCCAAGUAUCAUCUUGCAUGAGAAUUUCACAGAAGCGUAGUAGCUGUUGAAUCUUUUGUUCAAAUGCCAAUUCUUUGUGAAAAUUCAGAGGGUUUAAUAUCUGCAUUCUGUAUCUAGCACCUUUUCUCAGCAAUGUUUUUUUUCCUUAAAAAAAGGAGAGAUUUUGAUCACUUAUUUCACAAACUUGGUGACUGAAUAUCAGAAAGAAAUUGACAAACAUGCUAUCCUGAAAGUUUUUGUUUCCAUGUACUCCUGCCAAUUUGGAGGAAACAGAAGCAGUAAAAGUUUUUUUAACAAAAAAAGGGGGAUUUAUUGCCAUAACCUACAUACAAUACAUGUAUUAACCUCUUUGACUUUAGAUCUGCACUAAGUUUAAUUUCCUGUUUCUUACUUAUGCACACUGGAGACCUUGUGCAGGCAAUGUUCUACUUGGCGCCAUUCUUGCCUCGGACAAGAAUAUUGUCAUUAUCUCUUUCUAUAUUCCAAGCCUUGUAGAAUUAAUUUGAUUGUCUUUCAGUAAUAUCUGGCACCUAAUUUAUGUUGAAUGGCGUAUUGAAAGUGCACAGCUUUGAGCUUUCGUCAUCAAGAUUUAAUUCCCAAUAUCGGCACUGCUUCAAAGGCACCAAAAGACCUAGCAAUGGGAAUGUUUAAUACAAUUAACUUCUCCAGUUUUUUUAAAAAAUACAUAAGUAAAACACAUAAUGUGAUAAAACAUUAAAAACAUUGGAAGAUUGAGAAAAAAACAAAUCAAGCGAAAGUAUAAUAUACAUUUUAACAUUUAAAUAGCACUUCUUCAUAUAAACAUGCUCAAAGCGCUUUACGAUAUAACAUAACAAUGAAUUAUUUUACUCUCAAGGUGCUUACAAUAGAUAUAGUGUAUGUCACAGAGAAAAUGUGUUUUUAGCUUGCAAACCUACUGUUUACUGUUGAAUUGAAUAAUAUUGCCGUUGUAUUCUUACUGUUUUAGCUUUCAUAGUUUAGUGCAGCUUAAGAUGAAAGAAACUUUUCAAUGACAUCUGCUGUUGGAAUUUUGAUGAAGAUAUAUUCCUCCAUCAGAUGCGUUAGUUCGUCCUUGGCAUGUACCGUACAUGUUUGAUUUCAUUGUCUUGCUGAGUAGUUUAGUCAGGUAAGAUUGAACAAGCUUUUCAGUUUCAUCACCUCUGCUGACGGAAUUUUGAUGAAGGUCCAUAUUCCUCCUCCAUAUGCUUGGUCCUUUUGAAUGGAGAUGUUUUAGCUCAUCUUUUAGCUGAUCAGAUGGAUGGUUCAUAGAUAUUCUCUCUCACAUACUUUCAAUGAACAUGGUUCUACCCGGUUGUGUCGACUUGGAGCAUUCUCUGCUAGAUGUUGAUGGGUUUGAAAAUUAUUUUGUUAUUUUCUAUGUUUGCAGGAAAUUUCCUUCCUCAGUUGUGUGACUUCUGAAAGUAAGAUCCUGACGCAGGAUGUCAUAUAGGCACUUGAACACCUUUUGGCAUUUCUGGCGAUUGCAUGUUACUUUCGAAGGCUCGAGUCAAUCGUAGUAUGAACUGUUGGUUGAGCCUUUGGGGUGGACCCAAUUGCCACGUUGUGACAGACUGAAGCCUGGUGGUUCUCAAACCUCUGCCUCGUCUUUUCCACUUAACACACCGAAGUCGGAAGCGUGUUACUACUGCUGCUGACGAUGAUGAUGUCCGUCCUUUGUAGCAAAGAUGACCACAACCUUAAAAAAUUUCUUUGGGUUCGAAGAUGGCUAAAUAGACCAAUUAUCAGCCGAAAAAAGUCUAUUGCAGUGUGGGCAAGCAAAGGCGGCAGUCAUGAUACUCUACUUCAGCUCCAGUAAUUUGAAAUCCAGAUGUUCUUGUCAAUGACCGUCUUGUCCGAUUGAUCAAAUUGAUUGAUCAGAGGCCUUUCCCAGUCUAAUUUUGUGCUAUAGUUCAAUAAGGUGCUCUUAAAGGUCCCUUUUCUUUCUUCUGUUACAGUAGGAUCACUUGCAAAUCUUUGAAGGACUGAUGAUGUCUCUUUGGUUUGAUGUUAAAGAAGGAUUUGGGGUGGCAUAGCUCUGUAAAGUUUACAAGGAGCUCCCUGUUGAUGGUAGAUGACUUGCCUGUCUUGCCAUCUCUGUUGCUUCUUUGUGCCCCUGCUGCAGUGUUACAGAGUUCUUUCCCAAGGGGACCUCCUAAUUCAGACGCUCUGGAUGUUUUUUGGCAGAAAACUUUUGGCUCUUUCAAAGCACAUAUGUAGAAAAGGUAAAAGUCUAGAGUUUAGAAUAAUUAUAUAAAAGCCUGUGGUAGCUGUUACUUUGUUAGACUUAAAGCAGUUGGUAGAAAGUAAUUUGUGUGUGAGGUGCACAUCAAACUUUAUCUGACCCAAUUUCUCACUAAAGCUUCCAAAAUAAAAAAGAGUCCAGAACAAAGAGUCUUUGUGCCCCUGCUGCAGCAUUACAGAGUUCUUUCCCAAGGAAACCUAAUUCGGAUGCUCUGUGGGUGUUUUUGGCAGUUAAGUUUUGGCUCUUUCUAAGCACAUCUGUUGAAAAGAUAAAAGUCUAGUUUAGAAUAAUUAUAUGAAAGCCUGUGGUAACUGUUACUUUGUUAGACUAAGCAAUUGGCAGAAAGAAAUUUGUGUGUGAGGUGCACAUCAAAUGCUUCAAACAAACUUUAUCUUACUCAAUUUCUCACUAGAGUUUCCAAAAUAGAGAGUCGAGAUAAUAAACUUGUAGUCUCAAAUUCAGCAGUUAUUAUUGUAAACUUUUCUUAUAAUUCUCAGCAAAUCUUAGUGAAGAAAUCAAUAUUAGAAUUACCUUCAAAGACUUUGGAAAGAUGUCGGGGGAAAAACAGCCAAAAAGAGAUGUCAACGAGAUUAGAACACUGACCAAAUUGAUGGAAUCUAUAUCUAGAUUAAUGUCAAUUGUCAUUGUGGUAAUUAAUUUAUAUGGAGCGUGCAUUUUAUCAAAUGCGCAAUUUAUGUGUGUUGCCAAUGGUUUCUGACAAGAAGUAGCCAUGACCAGCACUACGUCACAGUGGCAAUUUCUUUUACUUAUCGGCACUGCAAAAUGGACAAUUAUGAUGUCACAAUCGAUGGCAAUGGCGUAAAUUCUGCUUGAUAUUUGUUUGGUGAUUCCGUCACAUUGCCCCCCUUUUCUAAAUUGCUGAAAAAUAACAUUUAAAUAUAAACAAAAACAAUACAUUCAAGAAUAUACAUACAAGAAUGAUGUAAAUGAGUUCAUUAAUCUUCAUAAUCAAAGUGAGAGGUAUGGGUCUGGAUGCUUCCCCUCUUCUCGAUGCCAUUGAUGUGAUAAAAUAGCCUUGGUAUUUGACUUUGAUACUCGAAACAUCCUCUUGAAUAUCAACCCUCCCUAGCUGGGGUUUGUUUGGUGAGUUUUAGGGGAUCUGGAGUAGGGAUCUUUGGUACAUUUUUUUGUGGGGGGGGGGGGGGGUGGGACUGACGAAACGGAAAGGUGGAGCUUGGGAAUUCAAUGUAGGGACAGGUGAAGGGUGAUCUGCCUGAGCUUCCUGAUCAAACUCGAACAAUGAUACAGUUUCUAGCUCGAUGAAUACAGUAAGGUAACAAAUUUCUGCUUCCCCUUGCCUGAAUUGCUGGUAUGACCCAACCCAGCGUCUUUUGAUGGUGGAUUUAACUCUUUGUUCUCUUGUCUAUUAAUCAUGGCUAGAGCUUUUGCAUUUGUUUGUCUCAAUUGGAAUCUGGUGUCGGAAGCUCGUUACUGCUGCUAGUUUCAUAUUAUAAUGUAAUAUCGUGAUACUGUUGAUCUCGAGUACUUUGUGAAAACCAGAUGCACUGGGUACGUCCAUGACCGUCUCACUCAUUGAUUGAACAGAGUCCUCUCCUAGUCUAACUUUGCACUGGAAUGGUGAAGGACGUUCUUAAGGGUCCCUUUUCUUCUAAUACAGUAGGAACACUUGUAAAACCUUUGUGAAUUCUAGGGGAGCUGGAGAAGGGAUCUUAAGGUACAGUGUGGCUGGGGGGGACUGACGAAACGGGAAGGUGUCAUAACUACAUGUAAUAUCGUGAUACUCUAGAACUCCAGUACUUUGAAAUCCAAAUGCGCUGGGUGGGUCGAUGACCGUCCUGUCCGAUUGAUCAGAGGCCUUUCCCAGUCCUACUUUGCAUUGUAAUCAAGUAGGACGCUCUUAAGGGUCCCUUUUAUUUCUUCUGUUACAGUAGGAACACUCUGGAAACCUUUGAAGGACUGAUGAUGUCUCUUUGGUUUGAUGGUUAAGAAUGAUUUUCGGUGGUAUAGCUCUGUAAAGUUUACAAGGAGCUCCCUGUUGAUGGUAGAUGACUUGCCUGUCUUGCCAUCUCUGUUGCUUCUUUGUGCCCCUGCUGCAGUGUUACAGAGUUCUUUCCCAAGGGGACCUCCUAAUUCAGACACUCUGGAUGUUUUUUGGCAGAAAACUUUUGGCUCUUUCAAAGCACAUAUGUUGAAAAGGUAAAAGUCUAGAGUUUAGAAUAAUUAUAUAAAAGCCUGUGGUAGCUGUUACUUUGUUAGACUUAAAGCAGUUGGUAGAAAGUAAUUUGUGUGUGAGGUGCACAUCAAACUCUAUCUUACCCAAUUUCUCACUAAAGCUUCCAUAAUAGAGAGUCCAGAAUAGAACAGAAUAGAGAAUGCAGAAUUCUUUCACAAGGGGACCUCCUAAUUUGGAUGCUCAAUGGAUGUAUUUGGUAGUUCAAUUCUGGCUCUUUCUAAGCAAAUCUUAAAAAAAAAGUAAAAGUGAGUUUAGAAUAAAAGCCUGUGAUAACUGUUUCUUUGUUAGGCAUACAUGUAGUAGUUGGAAGAAAGUCAUUUGUGUGUGAGGUGCACAUGAAAUGCUUCAAACAAACCUUAUCUUACCCAAUUUUUCACUAAAGCUUCCAAAAUAGAGAGUUGAGAUAAUAAACUUGUAGUCUUAAAUCAGCAGAUAUUAUUGUAAAUAUUCUUUUCAUAUAAUACUCGGCAAAUCUUAGUAAAGGAAUAAAGAUAACAAUUACCUUCAAAGACUUUGCAAAGAUGUUGGGGAAAAGCAGGAUGUCAAAGAGAUGUCAACGAGAUUUAGCACACAGACCAACACAAUCUACAUGUACAUGACAUAUAUCUAGAUUAAUAACAAUAGUCAUUGAGGUAAUUAAUUUUCAUGGGCCAAAAUGUGGAGGGCACAUUUUAUCCAAUACACAAUUUAUGCAAAUUGCUAAAUGGUUCUAACCAGAAGUAGCCAUGACCAGCGCUGCAUCACAAUGGCAAUUUCUUUACUUAUCAGCGAUGCAAAAUGGACCAUUAUGACGUCACAAUCGAUACCAAUGAUGUAAAUUCUGCUUGCUAUUAUUUGGUGAGUCCGUCACAUUGCCCCCUUUUCUAAAUUGCUGAAAAACAACAUUU